CAUAAAUUCAAAAAACAAAAAUGAAAAAGGAAAUGGACACGUGGAUUUCAACCGUGAAACUGCUUUUGCUCUGUGCGACGGUUAUGUACGUCGCACCUUUGGUACGAUACGAUGUCGUUUUGCCUUGGCUCAGACCUCCUUAUUUAUACGUCGUCGUCAACGGCAUAAUCCUCACCAUCGCCGUCACCUCGAGGUUCGGACACCGGAGCCAGCCGCCGGAGCCACACCUUCGACCCCACUACGGCUUGAUCUCCGUUAGGACCCCGCCGCCGGAGUACUUCGCGCGAUUCUCGGCGGCGGCGGAUGAUGCGGAACUCGAUAUGGCACCAUUCUCGAUUAGGUAUGCAGCGGAGGAGGCGCCGCCGCUGCCGUCUUCGGCGGUUCACGGCGGCGACGAAGUCGUCGUGGAAUUGAGGCCCGUGGUAGUGAACGGCUUGAGGGUGUUCAAUGUCGGGCGGGCGGAGGAAGAGACCGUCAGAGGAGGAGGAAGUGGCGGCGCGUGCGGUGCCCCAUCGCCGGAGGGGAAUUUUCCGGUAGCUGAGUUGGAGUGCUUCGUGCCUGCGGUGAGAGAGAAACCUGUGAGGUCCGGUCACCGGAGAAUGACCAAAAGCGCUACUCAGAAAGUGAGGAGGCCGAAGGUGGAGUCCCAUGACGAGACUCUAGACAAUGUGUGGAAAAAAAUUAAAGAGGGGGCCCCACAAGCCGGCCAUGAGUCGGCCCCUCCUCAAGAAGUUCGGAAAAAACUGGUGGCUCAGCUUCUGCAGCCAGCUGUCCGAGUCAGACGGGACCACAUGUCGAAGUCGAAGAGUUUCAAGGAGCCAAGGGUCCGCAAGGACCCUCCACCGAUCCAAAAGGAGCACUCGCCGAGUCUCGACGAGUUGAACCGGCGAGUAGAGGCAUUUAUCAAGAAGUUCAACGAGGAGAUGAAGCUGCAGAGGCAGAAAUCGUUGGAUGAGUACAUGGAGAUGAUCAAUCGUGGGGCUUAAUUAACUCUUAUAAUUAAUCUGAGAAAUAUGUAUAUAAAAUACGAGUGGAAUUUCUAACUUUUUUUGGGAAAAGGGUGAAAAGAACUUUUUUAGGUUUUCAAGUUAUUGGAUAUAUAUAUUUCUAUUGUCCG